UCUCUCUCACUCACUCACUUACUACUGUCAAAUCAUAAUAUUUUUUGUAUCCUGCUCUCAUUUUUGUUUUUAAGGAUCAAUCUCCAAAGUGGAGUUCCUAGAAGCCAGGAUCCAAUGGCAAGAAAAAAUAAUAAAAGAUCUUGAACAAGAGCGCAAUUUCUUGCGUGAGCAAAUUAUGGGAAAGAAGAAAUCAUCUCAACCAAAAGUAUUUACUUUGGAGGACGACGACGAGAAUGACGAUGGCAACAUGGAUGAAGAUGACGUCAUUCCCCCAUCUUCUCCAAACAUCAGUGAGUCCUCGGACAGUGAUGUUGUCAUCCAAAGACGGAAGACACGUUGGACACAGCCACCUGCAUCUGCAACUGUGGCUGUGCCUGGAACAGCUCAUGUGAGAGUGAAAGGGCCAGCUGAGGUUAUCAGCAGAUAUAAAAAAGUCUUGAAAAGCUUCAGCAAAGUCCGCACCAUGACUGAAGCCUCCAGAAUCAAUGGUGUGGACCGGGGAACCAUCAAGAUGACUGCUGCAAUUGCAGAGCUCAACAUUGUGGAUCCUGAAACCUUCAAGACCCUGAAGUAUGAUCCUGCAACUGAGACCCUGCAGUCCUUUGCCAAGAGGUGUGCAACCCACAUUACCCCUGAGAAGAAGAGCAUUAUAGAGGACAUGAAGGCCAAAGGCCAACUCCUCCUCUUGUUGAUGAAAUAUUAAGACUUGAGUGAGCUGCUUUGUUCAGUUAAAAAUCUGUUGUAUUGUAUUGGAAAUGUGAAAUAUUAACCUGUGCAGAUUUUGUUUUAUCCUUGUUAGUGCACAGGGGAAAUAAAUCACCUGAUGCAGUAAUUAUAGAGCAAGCUUAGGCUGUGAAAGUCCAAUAUUUGUACAGUUCAGUAAAUUUGUUCUAAGCUUUGACAAGUGUAGUUUAGCUGAUAAAGAGCAAGUUCAUGUUGAGCUGUGCAGGUUUUAUAUUUUUUAUAUUUUGCAAUUUUUUUUAUUUUUGUACUUAAUAUUGUGCAGUAUUUUAUAUUGUGCUGUUUUUUGUAAGCAGGCAGAUUUUGGUUAAAGGAUCACACAGAUUUUCAACAAUAGCGUACCUAUGACCUGCUUAUACAUUAAUACCAUAUUAUAUG